AUGAGCGGCCGCAACUCGACGGAGGCUGAUAAUGUGCUAGAUUUCUUAGACUCACUUCCUGAGCGUAAGAAACGGGAACGCGAUGAUUCAAGGAAGGAAUCGAAAAACACGGCACAAGAUUCUAAGAACGACACAGAGAUCUUGGAUUUUCUGGACGAGCUGGAGCAAAGUAACCUUAGUCUGAAAAAAGACAAGAAACCCGUGAAGCAAGAUCCAGUAGCUAAAGACCAAGAAUACUCAGAGGCGAAGCAGAAGAAUAAGGAACCCGUCUCGAAUGAUGAAAGUGAGACACCAGCACAAGAAACUGCGCCAGUAAGAAAGCCCGAGGAGUCUUCGCCUGGAAGUCCCCCAGCAGACGUAGAGCCGUUGAAUGAUCCUAUCACAUCGAUUUCCAAUUGGUGGUCAUCUUCCGGCUCUGCAACUGUGAACAGUUUUUUCAGUAAAACCGCGGAACAGGCCAAUCAUAUCAAGGAUCGCUUGGCUCACGAACAACAAGGUAUUGCCUCGAAGUUGCAGACAACAUCUUUAGCUUCAAAGCUCAAUUCCGCCACAAUCUCAACGUUGGCAAAAAAUUUAAGUCGAAUCGUGGUCGGAGAAACCGAUGAAGUUCUUCGUAUUCACCUUGUACAUGACCUGAUCAAUUACCCACUAUUAUCAUACCAUGUUGAGCAGCAAUUCGAUUCCGUCUUAAGCUCUCAAGUCCAAGGUGGAGUUCGCAUUUUCGUUGAUGAAUGGGACCAUCCGAUUGAAGGCGAAGACCGUGUUCAAGAUGGGAAGCGUCAUCUCAAUAUGUUCUCAGGAAAAAUUGCUGAUGGAGAGAAAUUAGCAUUUGCCAACCUGAACAACGCUGUCAAGCUCUUCACCAAAGCCAAAGAAGAAUUGGCUAAGCAGCGUACCGACACUGAAGAAUUGGAGGAUGCUACGGCUAAAGAACAAACCAUUUCUGAUGUUUUCAUCUCCAUUCUGCCCAUCGCCGUGCCUGAAAAAACUAAAAAUCCUGAAUUAACCACUACUGAUUCAACACACCCUGGUAAUUUUGCAUUUACUAUCGUGCUCAAGGACAUAAGUAAUGAUUUUACCUCCAUUACAAGAUCCCAAGGCUUUCCGCAAAGAUGGGCCGAGUGGCUUGAAGGAACUUCGGAGCUUAAGAGUAAGCAGGAUGCCAUUCAAGAUAGAGAGUCCAAGAAGGAAACCGGUGAGCGCACCGAGUCCACCGAGGCCGUUGAAGAUAUCGAUGCGAGUGAGUGGGUCAAGGAGUGGGUCGAGGACGGCCUGAGUGUUGCGUUUGGUGUAGUAGCACAGAACUACGUUAUCGACCGUAUGGGAUUUUAG